AUGGCCGCUCAAGGGAAAGUCUUUGUGCUCACAGGCGCAUCUCGAGGCAUGGGGUUAGCAAUUGCCCAUUACCUGCUGAAACAGAAAUGCAACUUGAUAGUUGUAUCGCGGAGUCUCGAGCCUCUACAGAAGUUGGAAUCUGAAUAUCCCUCUCAGGUCAAGGCUUUAGCAGGAGAUCUAGCCGACUCUCGCCUUGCAAAGCAAGCUAUCGAGGCUGCAACCCGUGAAUGGAAUCGUUUGGAUGGACUUAUUGCCAAUCACGGAACUUUGGAUCCUGUCAAGGAGGCUCUGCCAUCAUUGAAGCAGUCCAAGGGAAGCAUUAUCAUAACCUCAUCCGGUGCAUCUCAAAAUGCCUAUACAGGGUGGGGGGCGUAUGGGGCAGCGAAAGCGACCCUCAACCAUCUUGUUCUUUCUUUGGGUGAAGAGGAACCAGAUGUGUUAUCAAUUGCGGUUCGACCAGGAACAGUUGAUACUGAUAUGCAAAGAGAUAUCCGCGAGAAACAUCAAAGCACCAUGAGCCAGAAGGACUAUGAAAAAUUUUCAGCUUUGAAGACCACUGGAAAGUUACUGAAACCGGAGCAACCGGGUCAUGUCAUCGCAAAGCUUGCAAUUGACGCGCCCAAGGAGCUGAGCGGGAAGUUUCUCAGCUGGAAUGCAGAGGAUCUGAAAGCAUAUCAGGGUUGA